CUUUGAGAAAUAAUCAGAAAAAUUUGGGUACGCUUGAUUUUAUAGUCAGCCCGCGCAUGUCUGCCCCUGCGGUCCGGAGCGCUCCGCCUCCGCACGGACUGCUUGACAGGCUUCCGUCUGGUCGCAUCCCAUUUCGCCUGUUGCGCCCCUCACCUGGGCUGAUGUGGCCGGUCGCCACGCCACGCCUGCAUGGGGAGGGGGGAAUUCCACAACACCUUUUUGCCUUUUUGUGCACCAGCAGAGGAAAGCAAUCUCCUCUUGUGCUUCCAGGACCCGUCGCGCGUCGUAUGCCCCAUCAUCGACGUCAUCAGCAUGGACAACUUCAACUACAUCGGAGCGUCGGCCGACCUGCGGGGCGGCUUCGACUGGAACCUGGUGUUCAAGUGGGAGUACCUCGGACCCAAGGAACGGACAAGGCGGGCGCAAGACCCCACCCGCGCCAUCAGGACUCCUAUGAUUGCUGGAGGUCUGUUUGUCAUUGACAAGGCAUAUUUCGAAAAACUGGGCAAAUAUGACAUGAAAAUGGAUGUGUGGGGAGGAGAAAAUUUAGAGAUUUCCUUCAGAGUUUGGCAGUGUGGUGGUUCUCUAGAAAUUAUUCCAUGUUCUCGAGUUGGACACGUUUUCAGGAAAAGGCAUCCCUACACUUUCCCAGGAGGUUCAGGCAAUGUUUUUGCCCGUAACACUAGGCGAGCUGCUGAGGUGUGGAUGGAUGAUUACAAGCAGUAUUAUUACAAUGCAGUGCCUCUUGCAAAACAUAUUCCUUAUGGAGACAUUAUUGACAGACUAGAACUGAAAGAACGCCUUCAGUGCAAACCUUUUAAAUGGUACCUAGAAAAUGUAUAUCCUGAGCUGCAAAUCCCUGAGGAAAAUGUCAUUAGCUCGAUAAGUCAACAUGGCAGAUGUAUUGAUACUCUUGGCCAUCUCUCUCACAACACUGUCGGCCUGUAUCAGUGCCAUUCUAGUGGUGGCAAUCAGGAAUGGGCACUAACUGAUGAUGGCUUAUUGAAGCAUCAUGAGAUGUGCCUUACUCUUCCUGAAAGACAAGCAGGAAUUGCGUUGAUUAUGACACCGUGUGGAGAGGAAGAAGACCAGCACUGGGUCCAGACUGAACCAGGAGGUCUUAUUAAACAUGCUCAGCUAAGCCUUUGCAUUGAUUCAAGAGAUAGGAGUAGAGGACUUACAGUGGAAAAGUGUGAAUCAUUAUCAUCUACACAACGGUGGACAGUGUCAUUACAUCGAGCAUAGUCCUUAUUUCAAGCUGCUCACUGGUACAAAGUCACUUUAACAAAUAUUUCAUGGAAAGGGAAUAUUACAAUUAAGCCCAUGCAAUUUUUGUGAAAAUGUAAAUAAUUUAGGUAAAGUUACUGGAGGUUAAAAUGACAUGAAAAGGUGAGAUCUUUGAUGAAAGACUGUUGGUUUGUACUUGGAUUAAAAGUUUAAGAUGGGAACCUCAUAGCUCAAGCCAUUUAAGGGUAUACUAAAAUCUCAGAACAAAGAAGAACAAUUAUUGUACUGUAAUUGAUAUUUUGCUGUUGGACUGCUGCAAAGUGAGAAAACUUAAAACAUUUUCUAGUUUUGCCAAUAUCACCUUAAUGAUCUGGUGUCUUCCUCUAAAAAUGACUCAGUGAAAAAAAAAGUAACUAUGCAUAAGAAUUGAUACAAAGUUACGUUUAAUCUGAUUGUUAAUUGUUACUCCCAAUGAAACUUGGCUGUAUUACCUUAAAUGAGUAACAGUUAACAGAAUAACUGGACAGCAGAUCAACAGAUGUAUUUUAUGAUGGUACUUCAGCGAAAUGACUGGAUUUUAUUUUGGUUUUUAUUGUGAAACAUGUCGGAGAACCAUAAGUAUUCAACAUGUUUGGCAAUAAAAACCACAAUACAAUCCCAUCAAAUCGCUCAACUACCAUAUAAUAAAUCUGGAUCUGCUAUAUAAUAUAUUAUCUGUUAUGCUCUUAAGGUGGUGCAGCCUUAUUUCUGAUUAAUUAUGCUCUCCAGGUAUAAUUAGUGGUAGGUAGCCAAAUGCAGAUAAUUUUUGAGAACUUCGUAAAGAAGCUCUGUGUUGUUGUAUAUAAGUUUAGAAAAAGUUUACAAGAAAAGUUGAAGUUAUCGGACUUGGUGAAUUGUGAGUGGAUCGGAUUGCACACAAAAAUAAAUAUUAUCCAUGUGUGUGGGAAUGUUGGUCAGUUGUGUAGAUUGGCUAGAGGAACUGUAUUGUAUUUGUUGGUUUCACAUGAAAAAUGAAAAUCGGCUCUUCACUAAAUAUUCAGUUAUUGAAAUUUUAACUACCAGACAUACAUACUUUAAAAUCUAUGCUGCUGAUAAGGUGAUUUUCUUGUCAUUCAGUCUUUUCUUUCUUACUGUUGUGUGAGAGAAUAUAUGACUUUGUACAGUCUGCGAUUCCCCCCUUGUUAAAUUAAAACCUAUGCAGACUUUGCCAUUAUUCUUUCAAUCCUGACUGAUUGUGAUUGCUGAGAGAGCAAAUAACUUGUUGAAGUACGUUAUCAUUUAAGAUGCAAUUUUUGUAGAAACAUAUAUGUAAGAAUAUUAUUGGUGCUAUCUCUGUUUAUUGUAUAAUAUUUGUUAAUAAUUAUUAGGCAUAGGAAACAAUCAUUCCAAUGUGGUAGGAAAAAUGACAAGAGGCCAACUUUGGAUCCAGGUCCAGAUACAGAUAACUAACAUAUUAAAAGCACAUCAGCUGAAAUUCCAUAAAACCUCUUGUCUGUCAGUUCUGAAACGUAUAACAAUUUUAAGCAUCUAGAAACAAGUUCACUUGUACAUCUUUUAAAAUUGAAAAUCAUGAUUGACUUACAUACCUUGUUCCAUAUUUAAUACAGUAAUGAAUCAACAUACAUAUUUUGUGCAACUUUGUGCCAAUAUCAAAAUUGUCAUUUUUGUCAAUAUUGAUGUGAAUUUUCAUUUCUCACACAGGAAAUUGGACUUUCUAGUCCAUAUUUAAUUGUAUGUGACAAAUGAGAAGGAUAAAUAAUGCUAUCAACAGCCAAGUCCACAUAUUCUGUACAAAAGAGGAACUUUGUACCAUAAGGUGUUGCACCUUCACCUUUCUUUGAAGAUUCAUCUUAAGCUGGAAAAACAAUACCUCUUCUUAACCACGAGUUAUUUUUCUGUUGUAAACACAGCUUGUAUUUUUUAAUAUUGUUAGCGAGUCUGGCCAUAGGUCCGCUCAGUAAGGAUGCUUUUCUCCCUCUUUCUGUGAAAGAAAUAAUAUGCUCUGUUAUUCUUAAUAUACAACCACAUUCAUGUCUCAUAGAGUGACUACAUACUUCGGAUAUGUAUUAUAAGUUAUGAGCUGUGGUUGACGUAUCAUUAUGACCUGCCAGUGUAUUUUUCUUUACUAUGUAAGCUUUAUAAUUUGUGAUAAUAACUAUAAAGAUUCCAUGUCUCCUUGCAAUAGUUCAGUAGCAGAUAUUAAAUGUUGAGAUAUCACUGAUAUUGCUCCUGAUUUCUAUUUCUUGGUGCAGAGUCUUUGUUUUUUACUCUUAGGUCAAGGCAAUAAUAUAUAAUAUAUAUCUUAAAAAGAUUUAAUUUUACUUUAAAAAUUUGCAACAUUUUGUUUUUGAAUGCACCCAACUCUGAACCCAACUGCUUUUUUCUGUUUAAAAAAAUCUUAAGAAUCACCUGUACUUUUCUGUAGUACAGCAAUAUCUCAAAAGAAGGUAUUUGGGCUCUUAAUCUUAAAUCAGCUCUUAAGCUGAGCUAAAGUAAAUGCUGUGUUAACUAUGAAGUGAUUCAUACUGAACUUUUAUUGAAGUCUUUGUACUGUCUAGCAUAGAUUUGAAGCAUGGUGUAUGACUUUUCCUUCCUCACCAUCGAUUCAAGUGAAAAUUUGAAGAGAGUGGAAGUGCUCAAUGUUUACGUUUUUGUACAAAUUUGUAUGUGUACAUUUUAAUUGGUUCUUGGAUUGUGUCCUAUAGUAGAGGAACUUGAAAAAGAUAUGAAAACUUCACUUACCCGCCAACUUUUUAAGAAAAUUAAAUGGUAUGGGUAGACAUCAAUGGUUGUGGUAGGGUAGUCCUCUUAGAUUGGUUUUUACUACCCUGUAAAGGAUGUGAUAUGAAAUAGUAUUGAUUCUUUGGGUUUUUCAGUUUGUUUCAUCCCAUUAAAAAUGCAUCUUCAUGUACAAUAUCUAUGCAUAAACUAAGGUGAUGUAGCCACAUGAACUUGACUUCAUUGUACAUAAAGUAGACUCCUUUCUACCAAUUUACAUUUAUAUUGUAGGAAACUAUAUUAGGUUGACCCAUUUAAGGUUGAGUUCAUGAACAACAUGCCAAUUGGGUAAUUUCUUUAAUGUAUGUAUUUUAACUUUUUGAACCAUGUGAUAUGAAGCAAUUCUACAUACUCUUUUUAUCACAUUAAGGACUUUGUUAAAGACUCUUGGUAUAUUCCCUCUGCUUCUAGGGACAAGUUGAUUCUUUGUUAAAACCAUCAAAGGCUGACCAGUGCCUUGUUCUGUGGGCUUGUCUUUUUGAAAUUCAAUUAACAGGCAAUGCAACAAGUCUGUUUUAAUCUUCAGAUCAUCCAGUAUCCAUGCAAGUAGUGCUCUUGUGUGGUUGUCAACUGGAAAUUCUACCUCAAUCCUAAAACGAUUAUUUCUUUCAUUAUUACAAUACCAUCACAUUUUCAACAGCAAGCAGCCAGCAAAACAAGUCAUGUAAGUUUAAAAAAAAUAUUGUCAGCUGUACAGAGAUGGCUUUGAAAUGUUCAUGGGGUGAAGCACAUUUCCCUCCUCUCCAUUUCUUUUCUUCUCUUAAAUCAAUAACUGACUAUAUAUCUAGUCUCUUAUGUUAUGCAUAAUUCCAUCAUGUUCCAUGUAAGUCAUCAUUUGUUAAAUUAAAAAAAGGAAGCAAUGUU